AUGGCAGACGCAACAGCAGCACCAGCAGUAGCACCAGCUAAAUCACCAAAGAAAAAGGCAGCAGCCAAGCCAAAGAAGCCUUCCGCACAUCCUAAAUACAGCGAGAUGAUUGGAAAAGCCAUCGCCGCUUUGAAAGAACGUGGAGGUUCCUCAAGGCAAGCAAUUCUGAAGUACAUCAUGGCCAACUUCAACGUCGGAAAAGAUGCCAAGUCAGUAAAUGCUCAUUUAAAACUUGCACUCAGAGCCGGAGUUAAGAACAACAGUUUGAAGCAGUCCAAGGGAACUGGAGCAUCCGGCUCUUUCAGAAUUGGAGAGGCUAAAGUGGUUAAAAAGAAGCCAGCAAAGGCAAAAAAAGCAGCCAAACCUAAGGCCGCCAAGCCUAAGAAGGCAAAGACCACACCCAAGAAAAAGAAGCCAGCAGCAAAGAAACCAGCUGGAGAGAAAAAGGCGGCCAAACCAAAAGCAAAAAAACCAGCAGCAAAGAAAGCAGCCAAGCCAAAGAAGCCAGCAGCCAAGUCACCAGCCAAAAAGAAGGCAGCCAAACCAAAAGCCAAGAAGACACCAAAGAAGAAGUAAACUGUUCCAGACUUCAGUCUGCAGAGGCUAUUCAGCCACCAAAAGCCCUUUUAAGGGCUACCCAAUUUAUUCAAAAAGAAUCUACAAUUGUUGUACAUUAGUUAUCAAACUAAAUCUAGCUGAGCCCUACUUUCUCUGAACUUUGCACUGGUCUCUGAAAUAUU